UGUUAUGUCAAGUCGUGAAUGCACGAGCAGGAGCAACAACCUGUGACAGUUAUGUCGUCACACUCGUCCUAGGAACAUUGUGCCGAGUCCCAGCCUCUUCUCCCACAAGUCAACGAACUCUCUGCUUCUUCCGGCUCUAACUGCCAUUCUGGUCUGACGUCACAGGAGGAAGGGGGAGGAGGAGAAGGAGAGGACUGUCGACUUACACAAGCAGACGACCACAAGUCUAGACAGGAGGAGGACGGGAGGAGAGAUUUCGUACUCUCGGCACGACUACACUUCCGAAGAUGUUAUUCCGAACCUAGAACAUUCCCCGAUGUACAGUUACACUACACGUCUGACCUUGACCCUGGCGUAGAGUCACGUGAUCCGACCAACAGCUGCCUCCAAAGUUUAGUAGAAAGCCGAGUCGGAGGAAGAAACACCCUCACCUCCUGGUUGCCAUGGAAACGUGACGUAAGACCGCAGAGAAGCGUUUCGUCACCGGGGCAGAUAGCAGACGAGAACCCUUCUUCUUCUUCUUCUACUUCCACCACUAUGGACGUGGGAAUUCUCCGCGCUCUGAACACCGUCAAGAACAAUCCUUACGUCCAGUAUGUGGGCCUGGGCUUGGCGGGAUUGGUCACCCAGAAGGAACAGAGGGACGAGAAGACGGGAGCUCAUCUGAAGAAGACAAAACUCCAGCUGGUGCGCAUCAGUGCGGCGGUGUGUGGAAUAGAGCUGUGCUACGCCGCGGAGACCGCUUUUGUCAGUCCCAUCUUGCUGAAGCUGGGUGUCCCCGCGUCGCUCAUGACCAUGAUCUGGUGCCUCAGUCCCAUGCUGGGGUUCUUCCUCGUGCCCGUUAUGGGGUCCCUCAGCGACAGGUGUAAACUGCGACUGGGGCGACGAAGGCCUUUCAUCAUCCUCAUGAGUGUUGGGAUUAUCUUGGGUCUGGCCCUUGUUCCGAACGGAGAGACUUUUGGUAUCUUGUUAGGGGAUUCGGGGAACGAAACACUAAACACGGGUGGGGGUGACGGCGGAGGUGGUGGUGGUGGUGGUGGUGGUGGUGGUGGUGCAGGGGUAGGUGUUGGGGUGGGUAGGUUAGGGAGAGGAGGAGGAGGAGGAGAGGGGAGAGGAGGAGGGUUUUCCCAAAACUUCACUAGCAAUCAAACUUCAGAGGACACCUCGACAGGAAUCUCUUUCAGCGUCCCACCCGAGCACUUCCGUGGUAUCAUUUUCACCAUUCUGGGCGUGGCUUUGUUAGAUUUCAACUGCGACGCCUGUCAAUCACCGUGUAGGGCGUAUCUGUUGGACGUGAGCUUACCGGAGGAGCACCCGACUGGCUUGACGAUGUUCACCGUGAUGGCUGGGGUGGGGGGAACGGUAGGCUACGUCAUGGGAGGCAUCGACUGGAACUCCACGGACAUCGGGAAGAUAUUCGGGGGUCACAUCCGGUUUGUCUUCACGAUCGUUCUGUUGGCUUUCAUAGUGUGUCUCAUCUCUACGCUCACGUCAUUCCGGGAAAUCCCGCUGUCUGAGCUGAGCGUGACACCAGAGCAGCUACAGAAGAAGAAAAAGAAAGUAGGGAAGUCUAAAUAUAGAAAGUUUACAAACGAGGACUCGGAUUCUGACGUUGACGGCGAUGAUCGAGCGGGUGUUCUAGGCGCUGUUGAGAGGGGCGUGAACAGGAAAACUACGUCAUACGGGGCGGUGUCCGACUUCUCCUCCACCACCCCCGACCUGUUCCGGUCACAAAACGACCACAGGUCGACGUCUAGACAGUCGGAAAGCGAGAGUACAGGAGCGUUGGGGAGUUCAAGCAGAGCUGGCAAAAAGGCUGCUGCUGAUAACACAACGGCCAAGAAAUCAUCGGGGAGCCCGGACGGUUUCCAGACAUCAAACACUUCGUCGAUAAAUUUGAGUAACGGCGACGUCCGCUCGGGUCUGGUGACCGAUCAAACAGCCCCCGUGUCAUCUUUGCCGGGUCAGAAAUCGAAAGAGCAGCCAAUAUUGGAGUCGGGUGGUCAAAUAUCUGGCCGUGGACAGCGGGAUGACGCGUGUGUGUCCAGAGGAAAGGCAGACUCGCCGUUGAUGAACGGUCAGGUUGUGAGUCAGAAUGGAUCAAUACGUCAUCACGGCGAAGAUUCUUCCAGAAAAGAGGCGUGGCAACCCCACAGAGGUCAGAACAGUGAAGGUCAAACAUCAACAGACGGGAAUAGGUCACUGGUAGCCUCCGCUGAGAGAGGGCGAUAUAAUGGAUCAACAGCGGUUGUUGGCUCGGAAGCCGGACACUAUUAUGAGGGAGAAGAGGAGAUUAGUCCGUACAACAAGAGCAGCGUCAACGCUUCGUGUACGGACUUGGAGCCAGUUAUCCCGGACGCUCCAAACACUGUGGAAGUGUCUACUGACGUCACUCUAGGGAUGUACCUCAAGUCCAUUGUGCGCAUGCCCAAGUGUAUGUGGGUCCUGUGUGCCUGCAACCUCUUCUGCUGGAUGUCGCUCGUCUGUUACUCGCUGUACUUCACGGACUUUGUCGGUCAGUCUGUGUACGGCGGAGACCCCCAGUCCCCCGUGGGAAGUGACGCUCACAACCGCUAUGAUGACGGAGUCAGACUUGGGUCCUUCGGCAUGGCUCUCUACUCCCUGGCCUGCUCUGUCUACUCACUGCUCAUUGAGAAGUUCGUGCAGCGAUUCCGUGAGUUGCUGAAGACAUUGCUGCUUCUGUUUUUUCAAGCGAGCAACAUGGCGUCUGCAGACAGACAUCUCUUCAACAACACUCCCCGCACCGCGUCCUUCACCUCGCUAGAAGGUCAUGAAGUCUGGCACCUGGCACCAGGGGGAACUGAAGUGGGCGGGGCGUUCUUAUCGGUGACCUUUGUAGGCUGGGCGCACGGGUGA